AUGGCCAGCGAAAUCACCGAGCACGACCAGAACGCGUCGCCGUCCGUCCACGACGACGGCAAUGGCACCAUGGGCAUGGAGAACCGCGGCGUCAAGCGUGCGCGCGCCGCUGCCGACGACGACGACGACGACGAUGACAAGCCCGGCCGCGAGCGAAGAAAGAUUGAGAUCAAGUUCAUCCAGGACAAGUCGCGUCGACACAUCACCUUCUCCAAGCGCAAAGCCGGCAUCAUGAAGAAGGCCUACGAACUGUCCGUCCUGACGGGCACGCAAGUGCUGCUGCUCGUCGUCUCCGAGACUGGCCUCGUCUACACCUUCACCACACCCAAGCUGCAACCGCUAGUCACCAAGCCCGAGGGCAAGAACCUCAUCCAGGCCUGUCUCAACGCCCCUGAGCCGUCAAGCGGCGACGCGAAUGGCGUCGACAACGACACUGUCGAAUCGCCAGAGGACAACCACGCCCAAGUGCCGCCUGGUCAGCCACGCGGAAUGCCGCCCAACAACCAGCCCAUGCCCCAAGCCUACAUGACGCCCGAGGCUGCCCUGCACUACCAGAGCUAUCUCCAACAACAACAGCAAUCAAACCAGUACCCCAUGGCGCAGCAAGGCAUGCCCCGCCAUCCUGGCGGCCACUACCCCCAGGACCAGAAGCUGGGUUAA